UUGUUGUUUAUUUGUCUAUAAAGUAACAAUAGAUGAAGUAAUUCGUAGUAAGUGGCGGUGUUAUGUGGUCGAAUUAAUUCAUAAAAAUCAUUAUAGAAAGUUAAAAGAAGUGUAAAGUGUGUGUGUAUGUGGUGUGAUUAAUAAUAAAACAAAAGUGAAAACAUUAAAAAUAAAACACAAAUUGGUCACAACAUUUUUUAACGCAAAAAGAUGGGAUGCAAUGCAAGUUCUGAAGAGGAACCGCAACAACAAAAUCGGCCAAAAUAUCGAACAUGUACAGAUACAUUUUGGUUGGCUAUAUUUAUAUUAUUUUGGCUUUUUUUGAUUGUUAUUGCAAUUUUUUCAUUUGUCUAUGGAAAUCCUUUGCGUGUCAUUAAUGGCUAUGAUUCGUUUGGUAAUACAUGUGGUGUUAAAAAGAAUGAACGUUAUCCAAAUUAUCCACUGUCCGGUUUGAAUACAAUCGAUAAACCCCACCUUUUGUAUUUUGAUGUACGAAAAUUAAAAGAAUCAGUUAAAGUAUGUGUGAAGGAGUGUCCAACAACGACUUUAAUGAAACGUGAAGAAGUAUAUGAUUAUUAUUUAAAAACACAAAAUAAUAUCUGUCGUUAUGAUUUUAAUAUGUCAAUAAUAGCCAAUGAUAAACAGGGCGAUUUAUCCAAGUUGUUUAACUAUUUGGGACCUUGUCCGGAUUUUCCUAUAUAUGAAAGUACACCUGUUCUGCAUCGUUGUGUCCCGAAGAGUAAAAAUGCUCCUAUAAAGGAUAUGUAUAAAAUGUUAAACUCUUGGGAUGCUGCUCAACAAUUUUUGGGUGAUAUAUAUUCAACAUGGCAUUUUAUAGCAAUUAUAUGUGGCAUAUCAUUUUUGAUUUCAAUUGCCCUGGUGACUCUAAUGCACUGGCUUUCACGCAUUGUGUCAUGGCUUAUUUGUGUAUUAGUUAUUAUUGCCAGUAUUGGUUUAUGUGGAGCUUUGUGGUAUGCAUAUUAUAGCAUAAAACAUGACCAAAAGAUCAACACUCAAUUCUCAUAUCUGGAGGAGUUUGUUCGUAAUGAACAAGCCGUAUUUACUUUAGCAAUUUUAGCUACAAUAACUAUGAUAAUAUUAAUAGUAAUUAUUUAUUAUUUGAAAAAUAAACUUUCGGGUCUAUCGGCAUUAUUUGAAGAAUCUGGCAAAUGUAUGAUGAACUUACCAGGCCUUAUAAUAGCCCCUCUUUUAGCAUUUAUAGUAUUAGCGUUAUUCUUAGCGUUUUGGGUAUUAGUUGUUAUUUGUAUAGCAACGGCUAGUGCUCCCGGUGAUAAGAAUCCCUUUGCUCCUUUGGAUAAUACUGCUGCACAUGCCACAACUACUGAUGUUACAUUAACAAAUACCGGUACUAAAAGCUUCCAACCCAUAGAAUACACCGAGGCUAGAACACUUAAAAGUAUGUUCUGGAUUUAUGUUAUUGGUCUCAUUUGGACAACUGAAUUUAUAUUCGCCUGUCAGCAAUUCGCUUUAGCAGCUGCUGUUGCUUUCUGGUAUUUUAAUAAACCCACCGAUACACCAACGGUAUAUGCUAUUGGGAAAUUGGUGAAGUAUCAUUUGGGUACUGUAGCAAAAGGUUCAUUUGUAAUAACAAUAUUCAAAAUUCCACGUUUAAUUUUGACCUAUUUAUAUGCCAAAUUGAAGAAAGGUGAAGACAAAGGUUCUGAAUGUGCUGCUUGCUGUUUGAAAUGUUGUAUAUGUGGUUUUUGGUUAUUAGAGAAAUUCAUACGUUUUCUAAAUCAUAAUGCGUAUACUGUUGUGGCCAUAGAAUCAAUAAACUUUUGUCCAGCAGCUGGUAUUGCAUGGAAUGCAAUGGCAACAAAUGCCUUACAAGUUGCCACCAUCAACAGUGUCGGUGAUUUUAUUUUAUUCUUGGGUAAAAUUGUAGUUGCUGCUAUUGCCGGUCUUAUUGGUAUCUUUGUGUUAAAGGAUAAGCCUGGACUUAACUUUUACAUGGCACCCGUAAUUCUAAUAAUUGUAUUUUCUUUCUUUAUUGCUCAUAUCGUCCUUUCACUAUUUGAGAUGGUUGUAGAUACGCUAUUUUUAUGUGUAUGUGAAGAUAAAACUAUAAAUGGUCGUGGCGGUCGUUGGGCCCAAAGUAAUCUGGCGAAAUUGGUAGGCGAAGAACCCUUACAGCCUGGCGAAGAACCACCCAUACAAGUAGUCGAAAUGAUGCCUAUUAAUAAGCAACCAUUUAGUAUGACUAACAAACCAAUGGUAGUGCCUGAUGGUAUUGUGGAACCGAAUGAUUAUUAAAAAAAAGACAUUAAAGUGAAAUGUUUAUUUUACGCACACUCACACACUAUUUAUACAAAAAACAUAGUUAAUUAAGCUUUAAUUUAUUAAUACAUAUUAAUAUAUUUUUUUAUUGUGUUGUAAUAUGUACAUACACUUUGGUACAUACAUAUAUACAAACUGCUAUGUAUACAAAUAUUUGUUAUUUUAAACAUUUAAUCCUUCAAAAAGAAGACAAAAGUAAUGAAAUUAAGAAUGAAUGUAUAAAAUUAUGCAAAAAAAUUUGGUUGUAUGUAUUGAAAACCAUUGACAUAUGUAACGAAUGGUAUAUUUUCUUAUUAAUUUAUUUAUUUAACGCAGUUGGAAAUGUUUAUAAGCUUAAAAUUUGUUUUUAAAUUUAACUAUUAACGAAAUAUAAAAUCAUGAAAAAGCCUUUACAUAUAUAAUAUCUAAAACAUAAAUCAAAUUCCAUAUUUAAAAUAAAAUUGUUUGUUUAAAACUAUAACUUAUAAAUUGCUAAUAUUUAAAAGUGUAAUAAUAUAUUUCUAGUGUUUAACUAGUACGAACAGACCUCCAAUUUUUAAUCAAGAAAACCACAUCUAAAAAUAAAAUAUAUUUCCAUUUUAAUGAUAUCAUGGUAGAAAAAUGAUAAUUUCCCUAUUAAAUCAAUCUGGUUAUGGUUGUAUUAUGGAAGAGCGAAAAGUUCAUAUGAAUCGCUUGCAAUUUAGCAGAGAAAUGUCAGUACAGUCUGAACAGUGUGACGGUUUAAAUUCAAUAGCAAAUUUUUACAAUAUUUGAACAAUAAGUACAAAUUUAUGUGCGAUACUCUCUAUAUAAAUCAUUGUACACAAUCUUGAAUAAAAACAUAAUUGAUAUGUAAUAUGAAUUUUUACAAACUUAUAUAUUUUAUUAAAAAUAAAGAUUUAAAAAUAUUAAAAACUA